AUGCAGAGUUGGUUCAGCCUGGUCGAAUGGAUAACGUUAACGAUUUUUGUUUCAGGACCACGAUGGAUUCCAUGGUUUGGAACCACAUUCGUUGUGCAGAAAUUGAGCAAAAAGCUUGGUGGGCUGCACGAGGUGUUCAAAUAUCUAUCUCAGAAGCAUCAAUCACCGGUAGUUGGGUUGAGGUUCGGGAAAGAGCUUACCGUUGGUAUUCGUGGUUAUGACCUUGCUAAGGAAGCCCUCACCGGUGAUGAUUUGCUGGGUCGACCGGACAACUUUUUCAUACGAUUAAGGACUGAUGGUGAAAGGUUAGGUCUAACCUUCACAGACGGAAAGCUCUGGGAAGAGCACAGGUCGUUUAUAAUGCGAACGCUGAAAGAAGUUGGUUAUGGUCGAUCCAGAAUGGAGGAGCUGAUUCAAAAAGAGGUUAUCGAGCUUAAACAUACUCUCAACGAAUCAAUUCAACCAGUUCAACCCUGCCAACUGCUGUUGCUAAGUGUAUUGAACGUGCUGUGGACUCUGUCCACAGGUCAGCGAAUCGAGCGAGAUGACAAUCGUCUGCAGAUGUUGCUCAAACUUUUGAGGAAACGUUCUGGGCAGUUUGAUUUGGCCGGAAGUUUGCUGAACCAGAUGCCCUGGCUGCGAUUCUUGGCUCCGAAUUGGAGUGGCUAUAAUUUGGUUGUAGACUUCAAUCGACAGUUAAUGGAGUUUUUCGCAGAAACCAUAAGAAACCACUACGAGACAAUCACUGAUGACAAGUCCUCCAACGAUCUAAUCUACGCUUACAUCAGAGAGAUUCGCAACCAAGGUCACAAUCCCGGCACGACCUUUACCGAGAAGCAAAUGCUUAUGACCAUCCUGGAUUUAUUCCUCGCUGGUGGACUUAACACCAGUACAGUCACAGAUUUUCUUCUGCUCAUGAUGGUCGUACGUCCGGAUAUUCAAGCCAAGGUUCACCAAGAAAUUGACCAUCAUCCCGAUCCAAUCCGUUGGUCCGAUCGUUCUCAACUCCCGUUCGUGGAAGCGGUCAUCAUGGAAGUCCAAAGAUUCUUCCCCACAGCCGCUUUCGGUGGUCCACGACGAGCCGUCCACGAUUUCAACAUUGGCGGUUACCGAAUACCGAAAAAUACAACCGUUUUUGUAGAUCUAGAGAGUGUUCACCACGAUGAGGCCUAUUGGAAAGACCCGGAGGUAUUCCGACAGGAACGAUUUUUAGAUGAGGGAGGACAUUUGGUCACCUGCGACCGUUUGCUACCGUUCAGCUUGGGGAAAAGAAAGUGUCCCGGCGAUGUUCUGGCGAAAACGACGAUAUUUCUCUUUUUUGUUGAACUGUUGCGAAAUUUUGAGCUGAGCUUGCCGGAAGGAGCAGAAGUUCCCUCCACCGAGUUGGUACCAGGAAGAAUCUAUAUGCCGAAACCAUACUGGAUGAACUUCAGUCAGAGAAGUAGAAAAUCAAUCAAUGUUUCGGUUUAG